CGCGACUUCCACAACGUGCCGGGCGCUCCUUCCAUAUCGUCGUUGCCCGAGCGAGACGCCCUAUCCAGAAAUGGAAGCUGGGUUUUAUGAAUUUUAAUUGCAGAUGCCUGUUCGAGAGUUGAACUUUCCACCAUUACGUUUCUUCCCCCCAUCCCACUGACGGGUUCACCCCCAACCGCGGGUGUUCGGACGGCCUUUCUCAGAUUCCUUCCUACCUGUCCCCGGGCACCGGGCACUGCCGUCAUUGGGGGUUAAGCUGCAGAUUGAAGUGGAGUCGGGUUUGGCCAGAGCCCGACCCCAAAUCUUGAGCUUCCCAUGAGUUCCUUACGCCUCCUCGCCAGAGCAAGGUUUUUAACUCCUUCGCCGUCUCUCAACUACGUGCCUCGGUCAAGCCGCUCUUAUUUACAUACUGCCGCUGCCCUCCCGUCAGUUCUUAGUGCAAGACCCCUCUCCUCGCUACCUUCGAAUCCCCCACCAAGGACUCGCAGGCUACCCCUCCACCCCGCGUUUGCCUCAGCCCCCGCACCCCUCAUCAUCGAGCCGCGACGUUACUGCUCCCACGCAUCGUUCAGACACAGACUCGCAAAUAUGACGGACAGAGACAUCCUCCCAGACACGUUCAAGCCGGUCCACUAUGACCUGGUGAUCAAAGAUCUCGACUUCAAAAGCUGGUCCUACAAAGGCAGCGUCAGGAUCGAUGGCGAGCUGGUCAAGGCGACAAAGGAGAUCGUGCUCAACACUCUGGAGCUCAAGCUACUGAACUCCAAGAUUGUCGUUACCCAGAACAAGAGUGACCAGUCAUGGGAGUCGACCACCUUCGCCGAGGAUACCAAGACGCAGCGGUCCACCAUCACCUUCCCGGAGGAGCUGCCCGUGUCCGCUAAUGCUUCAUUGACCAUCGAAUUUACCGGCGAGCUCAACCAUGACAUGGCCGGCUUCUACCGCAGCCAGUACAAGCCUGCUGCCCCCGCCGCCCCGAGCGUGCCCCGCGAUGACGAGUUCCACUACAUGCUGAGCACCCAGUUCGAGGCAUGCGAUGCCCGCCGCGCGUUCCCCUGCUUCGAUGAGCCGAACCUCAAGGCGACCUUUGACUUGUCCCUUGAGAUCCCAGACGACCAGGUGGCCCUGUCCAACAUGCCCCAGAAGGAGACAAAGCCGGUGGACGGAGGCAAGAAGGUUGUCUCCUUCGAGCGCAGCCCGGUCAUGAGCACUUACCUCCUUGCGUGGGCCGUCGGAGACUUUGAGUACGUCGAGGCCUUCACCGGUCGUGAGUACAACGGCAAAAAGUUGCCCGUUCGGGUUUACACAACGCGCGGCCUGAAGGAGCAGGGCCGAUGGGCGCUGGAACAUGCCCCCAAGAUCAUCGACUACUUUUCGGAGCAGUUCGAGAUCGACUACCCUCUCCCCAAGAGCGACAUCCUCGCCGUGCACGAAUUCACACACGGCGCCAUGGAAAACUGGGGUCUUGUCACGUACCGUAUGACGGCUAUUCUGUUUGAUGAGAAACUUUCCGAAGCUAGAUUCCGCAACAGGAUUGCUUACGUCGUGGCCCACGAACUUGCCCACCAGUGGUUUGGCAACCUCGUCACCAUGGACUGGUGGGACGAGCUCUGGCUCAACGAGGGUUUUGCCACCUGGGCCGGUUGGCUUGCGACGGACCACCUGCACCCCGACUGGGAGGUUUGGCCGCAGUUCAUCAACGAGGGCAUGGACCAGGCCUUCUCUCUGGACAGCGUCCGGUCGUCUCACCCCAUCCAAGUCGAGGUUCGCGACGGGCUCGACGUCAACCAGAUCUUUGACAAGAUUAGCUACCUAAAGGGCUGCUCCAUGAUCCGCAUGUUGGCGUCCAACCUCGGCAUCAAGACGUUCCUGAAGGGUAUCGCCAUUUACCUGAAGAAGAACGCCUAUGGCAACGCAAAGACGGAAGCUCUGUGGAACUCUCUCAGCGAGGCCUCCGGCGUCGACGUUAACAGCAUGAUGAAGCCCUGGAUCGAGAAGAUUGGCUUUCCGGUGCUGAACAUCACCGAGGGCAAGCAGCAGAUUUCCGUCAAGCAGUCUCGCUUCCUCUCCACCGGUGAUGUCAAGCCUGAGGAAGACCAAACCACCUGGUGGGUACCGCUGGCCGUCAAAGGCAAGAUUGGCUCCGAAGCCAUCGAGCCGCUCACGCUUACGACGAAGGAGGCGACUCUCGACGGAAUCAGCGAGGACUUUUACCAGUUGAACGCCAAUGCCACCGGCUUUUACCGGGUCAACUACCCUGAGUCCCGCCUGAAGCUCCUUGGCACCCAGCUGGAUCACCUCACCACCGAGGACAAGAUCUUCAUCACAGGCUCCGCCGCCGACCUUGCGUUCUCCGGCUACGCCACUACUGGCGCUCUUUUGUCCUUCAUCCAAGGCCUAAAAAGCGAGACCCAUUACCGUGUCCUCAGUCAAGCUUUGGACUCGAUUGGCACGCUCAAGUCCAUUUUCGGUGACGAUGAACAGAUCAAGAAUGGCUUGGCGAAGUUUACGCUCGAACUGAUCGACAAAGCGCUGAAGCAAGUCGGCUGGGAGAGUUCGAAGGAUGAGGACUACAACACUGGCUUGCUGCGCAAGCGGUUGCUCCUCACCGCUGUCGCGAACUCGCAUGAGGAGGUUGCCGCUGCCGCAUUCGAGCGUUGGUCCGCCUACCAAUCCAACCCCUCUGCUUCUCCCAUCGGUGCCGACCUCCGCGCCCCCAUUUACCGUGCGGCCAUCCUCAAAGACCCCUCCGCUGCCGUCGCUGCCCUCAAACACGAGUGGUUCACCACGCCCGCCAUUGACGGCAAGGAGAUCUGCCUCCAAGCCCUCGGGCACACUGAUGACGAGUCCAUCAUCAAGACCACCCUUCUUCCCUUCCUCUUCAGCACCUCCCCGCCCGCGGCCGCCACCGAUGCCAUCCCGCCCGGCGACAUGCACAUUCUUGCAGGCGUGCUGUCUACAAACCGCACCGGCCGCCCGCUACUAUGGGCAUUCCUACGUGAUCACUGGGACCAAGUCGGCACCAAACUGGGCGGGAACCCGAUCUUGGUGGACCGCAUGGUGAAUGUCAGCCUGCCGAGGUUUACCGAUGCCGAGAGCCUGGCCGAUAUUGAGCGCUUCUUUGGCCCUGGCGGUGUUAGCACCAAGGGCUUUGAUCGCACGUUGGAGCAGGUCAAGGACAAAAUUCGGGGGCGGGUCGCCUACAAGGGAAGGGACACCGAGGGCGUAAGGGCCUGGCUUGUGGCGAAUGGGUACGCAUAAGGAAAUAGGUGUGGGGGAAAGUUCAA